UUUAGUCAAGGUAUAAAUAACCAUCUCAUAUAUUUAAAUCACUAUAAUCUUGAUGAAUUUUAUCUCUUUGUAUGACGAUCCACGUACUCAUUCCAUGUGUGUACGUAGGGGAAGUGAAAUGGUUGAGUAACGAAGUUGAAUGGCGACUUAUUCUGACCACGACUCAACUUCCUAUAGUUGUUACGGUAACAUCCUCGUUGUGCCGUGGCCGAUGCGCUAUAUUGGAUGAUCAACUGGCUCGGUUGUCUGAAACUUAUGGUAGCCUAAUUAUAUUGCGUAAAGUCAAUAUUUUGACGAAUCCAUUCUUUAAAAUACUUUACAAUUUAGCCAAUGCCCCGGUCAUCAUAGUCUUCCAAACUGGAAAAGAAAUAGGGCGUUUAGUAGAUGAUUUAUCUUGGGGUGCAAUCACUGACAUAAUCGAGAUCGACACAGUUUCACUCUUCGCCCCGCCCCCUUUGGAUUCCAUGCAGCCGCCCUCGGAUUCCGUCCCAAUCCCCUCUCUCGGAGAGUAAACUAUAGUCUCAUCUGAAUCAGUAACGUCUCCUUUUAUGUAUUUUGUGUGUUUGCUGCUUCCGCUAUCAAACCUUUGCCUAUGUUGUAAUAUAAUCAUAUUAUGUUUAUCAUAUUAUGUUUAAUGUGCUAAAUAAGUCAUUGGAGUCAAAUUAAAUGGACUUAACCACUUGACUAAAGACAAAGGUUUAGGGAUUGACACCGCCUUCUCCACCGGAGUUCGACUCCACUCAGUCGCGUUAUCUCGCGUAGUAGAGAUUGGCUAUGGAUCGGCCUUGUCGAUCCAAAGAUGUCAAAAAAAAAAAAAAUGUCAAUGAUUAAAUUUAUAUAUGAUUAACGUGAUAAUAAAGAUUGUUUAUGAUCAGAUAUUUAAGUGUUUAGAAAUUCAACUAAAUUAUGUUCUCGGUCAUAGGAUUAUAAAAAUAGGACAUUCAUAAUUCAAUUAUAGAUA